AUGGAGCAGCCGCUGGGGGUAAUGCAAGCUCAGGGAAAUCAGGCUUGGGAACUUGCCCGGACUGUGACAGGAAUAUGCGGGCUCAGAAUGUGGAGGAGGGACACGGUGAUAGAGGCAACCAUAAAGGGAAAAAAUUACAUGCCAACGAUGAUGAGGACAGCAGCAAUGAGUAUCUCAUGGAAUAUUAGGGGGUUAAGGGGUGAUGGAAAGUUGAAAAUGGUGAAAGAACUUAAGAGGAAACAUAGGUUAGAUAUGUUAGAAUUGGUAGAGACUAAAAGACAGUUAGUGACAAGGUUUGAUGUAUUGAAAAUUUGGGGAAACGGAUGCGCGGAAUGGGAGUAUGUGGAGUCAGAUGGUGCUUCUGGUGGUUUGUUAUUAAUGUGGGAUGAUGGAUUCUUUAAAAUGAGAAAUUGCUAUAAAGGUGAGCGAUGGCUGUGUGUUGAAGGGGUACUAUCAGAGAAGUCUAUUAACUGUGCCUUUUUAUUGGUUUACGGUGCUCACACUAGAGAUGAGAAACGUGUUGUUUGGGAGGAGCUGAGUUACAUGGCUGGCUUAUGUCCAGACGCCUGUUACCGUAAAUUUACAUGGUUCAGAGGGCAGUCAUGCAACCGUAUUGACAGAGCCUUGGUUAGUUUGGAAUGGCUUGAGGCAUUUCCAGAGACUCGUUUGAGAGGUGGUCCACGGGAGUUGUCAGAUCACUGCCCUAUCAUAGUGGAAGAGAAGAGGCUAAGGGAUGGACCGAGGCCGUUUCGAAGUCUGGAUUAUUGGUUUACCCAUGAAGGGUUUCUAAGGAUGGUCAAGGAAGAGUGGAGAGGGCUGGGAGAGAUACAAUUUACCGACAAAUUGAAGGCGUUGACGAUUCCUUUGGGGAGAUGGCACAGAGACAACUUUGGUGAUAUGGACAGGAAAAUUUUGAAGUUUGAGGAAGAGAUUCAGAAGAUUGAUGACAUAGUCGGCAAUGGGAGUUAUGAUGAGACAGUGGAAGCAAGAAGGAAGGCGUUAGUUAAGUGCUGCGAGAAAUGGUAUGUGAGAAAAGAAUUACAUUGGAAGCAGAUGUCAAGGUCGAGGCAUGCAAGGGACAUGGAUAAAAAUACGAGAUACUUCCACAACUUAGCUUCGGCGAGGCGGAGAAAUAACAGGAUUGAUACACUAGCUAUUAAUGGAAGAUUGAUAAGGAACCAAGCUAGGAUUAAAAUUGCCAUCAGAGAGUUUUACAAAGAACUAUAUCAUCAAGAGAGGUCCCCUGAGGUGGGUUUCAGAGAUGGUCUGGUGGAAAGGAUCAGCGAGGAGGAUUCGUGUGCUUUAGAGGCACCACCGUCACCUGAGGAGAUUAAAGAGGCAGUGUGGGAUUGUGAAUCGUCCAAGACCCCAGGAUGUGACGGUUACAACAUGAACUUCAUAAAGAAGUGUUGGGAUGAUAUAGGCUCGGACUUCACGGCAGCGGUGAUGGCCUUUUUCCAAUCUUCAAGGUUGCCGCCUGAUGCUAAUAUCACAUGGGUGGCGUUGGCCCCAAAGUUUACUGGUGCUAAGGAAAUCAAAGAUCUGCGUCCGAUUAGCAUGGUAGGGUGUGUAUAUAAGGUAAUUCCGAAGAUGCUGGUAAGGAGAAUGAGAGAGGUUAUGCCAGGGUUAGUUGGCGAGACACAGAGUGCUUUUGUGAAGGGUCGGAAGAUUCAUGACGGGGCCCUAAUUGCAUGUGAAACGGUGCAGUGGAUCAAACAGAGGAAGAAAAAGCGGAUGAUUGGAGAGGCUGUGAGAAACGGUCGCAUAUCACCAUUGAUGGUUGGGAGAUAUCAUAUUGAGUUAUCGCACCUACAGUUUACAGAUGAUACUGUUCUAUUCUGCCCUCCGGAGGAAGACACAAUCAAGAAUUAUAGGAGGUUGCUUAGGUGCUUUCAGUUGAUGUCAGGUUUAAGCAUUAACUUUGAUAAAUCUAGCUUGAUUCCUGUUAAUUGUGAUGAGCAGUGGCUGCAACGUAUGUGUGGUGUGUUGGGCUGUAAGCAAGCCAAUCUACCAGUUAAAUAUCUCGGUAUCUUGUUAGGAGCAAACCCAAGGCUGGUGAAGACGUGGAAGCCAGUAAUAGACAAAGUGGAGGAGAAGCUUAGUCUCUGGAAGGCCAAAAUCCUCAAUAAGGCCGGUAAGUUGGUGCUUAUCAAAUCUGUGUUAAACAGCCUACCGGUUUAUUAUCUGAGCCUCUAUAAGAUGCCAAUGGCUGUUGCAGAGAAAUUGAUUUCCUUACAGAGAAGAUUUCUAUGGAGUAAAGAGGAUGGGAAGAAUGGUAUGGCUCUGGUUAAGUGGGAAGUGGUCCAGACCCCUAAAAAGUUAGGUGGGUUGGGGGUUGGGGAUGCUGUGAUAAGAAAUUCAGCUCUUCUGUUUAAAUGGUGGUGGAGGUUCUCUAAAGAGGAGUGUCCUCUGUGGAAGAAGGUAGUAUGUUCCUGUAACAACCUGAAUCCAAAUGAGCUACUGUCCUCUCAAGAACUACCUAUCCGAGGUGGUCCGUGGAAGGAUAUUUGUCAGCUACAGUUCAAGAGUCAACAAGUCAGACAGAAGAUGAUUACCGGGUUGUCCAUGGAGGUGGGUGACGGGAGGCGGACUCGAUUUUGGGAGGAUGCCUGGAUUCAUGGAGGUCCUUUGAAAGACCGUUUUCCAAGGCUAUUCUCGGUUUCAAACCAAACAGGAUCAAUGAUAGGGGAUUGUGGGUUUUGGGAUGGGUUAGAUUGGGUGUUGCAGGUGGAAAUGGCUCCGGAGGAUAUACAUAGCUACAGCUUUACUAGGACCAUUUGGAAAGGCCUUGUCCCACUCAGAGAGUAG